AUGAUGAGCCAACAGAUCUUCACCUCUUCUCCUCGAAGAUGUUUUACCUCUGCCUCCUCUGGUGGAGGCAGCGGAAGGAUCAGAAUCAGCGAGGCAUCCACCUGCCAACCUUUUGCCACCACCUGCCUGGCAGAAAGGGGAAACACCAGCAAAAGUUUCCAUAACUUUGGUGGAAGACUUCAGAUUUCUUGCUGUGUGGGCCAGGAGAGAAGUAACUAUGGAAAGGAUAUGGAAGCAGGACAAGUGGUGGGCCACAGCAUACUUGCAAGGGGCUUUGGACAUAGAAGCACAACAAGUCCUUCUGCCAGCUGUAGAAGCGAUAGGAUCCGCGAGGUUUCCAUUAACAAGCAUCUCUUGGAACCUCUCUGCCUGGGAGUCGAUCCGCAUGACCAUCAAGUAAAAGCACUGGAGAAGGAGCAACUAAAGGACCUCAACAAUCAGUUUGCUUGCUUCAUUGACAAGGUCAGAUCCUUGGAACAGAAGAACCAAGUGCUGGUCACCAAAUGGAAGCUGCUUCAGAAACAGACGGUUCCCACCGUUCGGAAAGAUCUCAAGCCUUUAUGUGAAAAUUUCCUCAGUAAGUUGAGAAAAAAACUGGACUGCUUAUUGUGCGAGAAGCAGAAGCUCGAAAACCAGCAAAAAACAACGCACAGCAUGGUUGAGGAGAACCGGUGCAAAUAUGAAGAAGAGCUGAACAGACGAACAAAUACAGAAAAUGAGUUUGUCUUGCUCAAGCAGAAAGUUGAUGCUGGAUAUGAACAUCAGAAGGAACUGGAAAUGAAGAAGGAGCUGCUGAAAGAGACUGUAGAAUUCCUGAGAGCUUUCUUUGCAGAGGAACGCACUGUGCUGGACUGUCAACUUUAUGAUACAUCUGUGGUUGUUAGCAUAGACAACAGCAGAGGCCUAGACAUGGAUGCCCUGAUCCAGCACAUUGAAAGAUGGUAUCAGAACAUCGCACUAAGAAGCAAAGAAGAAGCUAAUAUCUUUUACAAGAGCCAGAUUGAGGAUCUCCAGAACAAACGAUACAAGUUCCAUGCAAACCUGGAAAAAAACAACAAUGAAAUUACUGAGCUAAAACGGGUGAUACAGAUAAUGCAGAUCCAGACAGAUAAUGAGAAGAAGAAGGUUGCUUCUCUCCAGGCAGCCAUUGGUGACACUGAAAAACAAGGUGACCAUUCUCUUAAAGAUGCCCAGGAAAAGGAACAAGAGCUCCAGAAUCGCCUGCAGGAUUCCAAGGACAAAUUGGCUGGCCUCUUGAGGGAUUAUCAUGAACUCAUGAAUACCAAACUGGCCCUUGAUAUUGAGAUUGCUGCAUACAAGACAUUACUGGAAGGAGAAGAGAACAGAAUAUGUUCUGGAGCACCUGUGAGUCUGGCUGUGAUGAACACUUCUUGUGCAGUCCACAAGACAGUCCAUGGUGUGAAAAACUACAGAAGCAGAAGUAUGUCUAGGAUUAGUGGAAGAACAACAUUCCUGUGUGGAGACUACAAGAGUGGCACUUGUGGAGCUGGUGGUCCAAGCGUGCAUAGAAGAUACAGCAUCCAUGGGGUACAGGUUGACCCGCAUCUGCUGGAGCCUUUCCAUGUGGACAUCUGCCCUGAGAUCCAGAAAGUGAGACAACAAGAGAUGGAGCAGAUGAAGAACCUUAACAGCCAAUUUGCCGAUUUCAUUGAUAAGGUGCAGUGCUUGGAACAGAAGAACCAGCUGCUUUCAACCAAAUGGUCCUUCCUACAGAAACAAGCCAAACCACCCACAAAAUGUCUGAAAUCUCUUUUCGAGCAGUUCAUUUGCAACCUGAAGAAGCAGCUGGAUCAUUUGCUGUGUGAGAAGGGAAAACUGGAGACUGAUUGUGAGUGUUCAAAAGAGGAGGCUGAAGACUGCAAGUGCAGGUAUGAAGAGAAAGUGAACCAACACUGUGCUGCAGAGAACAAAUUUGCAGAACUCAAGAAGGAUAGAGACUGUGUCGCUUUGAACAAUGCAGAGCUGGAGAGACAAGUCAGUCUCCUCUCCCAAGAGAUCGAGUUCCUGAGAUGCAUAUAUCUGAAGGAGGAAGCUCAACUGGACCAUCACACCGGAGAUUUGGAUGUGGUUGUGAAAAUGGACAACAGCAGAUGUUUAGACAUGGACAGCAUUAUUGCCAUCCUCAGGGAAGAGUACAAAGAAAUUGUCCAGAGGAGCAAAGCUGAGGCAGAUGCCUUCUACCAAAACAAGUACGAAGAGGCUCAAAGCAAGAGAUGCUGCUUCAAGGGAGACCUGAAGAAAUACAAGCAGCAGAUUUCAGAACUUACAAGGAGGAUCGAGAAGCUUCAGUGUGAAAUUCAGAGUGUGCAAAAGGAGAAUGAUGAGCUGCAGAAGGCCAUCUGUGAUGGGACGGACGGUGGCGACUGUGCCCUGAAAGAUGCUCAGGAGAAAUAUGCUGAGUUGGUGGAGGCCCUUCGGAAUGGCAAGGACGAACUGGCAUGCCUGGUGUGUGACUACCAGGAGCUACUGAACACAAAGCUUGCCCUGGAUAUUGAGAUUGCAGCCUACAAAAGCCUGCUGGAAGGGGAAGAGGAGAGGAUGUCCAAAGACUGUGCAAACUCAGUCAGCGUAUCUGUAGCCAAUGCCCCAUGCUCUUCCCAAAAUGUUGCAAAACCAGGAGGUGACUGCUGUCCAAAGGAGGUCGAUGCUUGUGGAUCCGAAAGCUUAAGAGUUGCGGUGUCUGCUUUCAGAAGCAACCAGAACAGGCAUCAAAGGGGAAAGCACUCCACUGGCUACCAAAGGUCAAGCAGAGCAAAGGCUAAGUAA